CGAAUAUAACUGGAAAUGCAACGUGUGAUGACUACAUGACAUUUUAUGCGGAUGGUGUUCAAUAUAGUCAUGAUAAUGAUAACAAAUAUGGCUACUCAUCACCCAUCAAUAUACUAAACAGUACGCAAGUUGUGGCUUUCAGAUGUGAGGAUAAUGGAGGGGUCUGUGGCCUCAAAGUUAACUUGAGUAACGGAGUUAAAACUGAUACAACCUGGAAAUGUUCAGAUAGAAAGGAAGUAGGUUGGCAAAAUGUCAGUUUUGACGACAGUGCCUGGGAAAAUGCUAAAUUUAGACAUGAUAAACGUAAUUUGAUUUGGGCGACUGGGAAGAAUUGCGGGAAAGGCAAAAUCGUAUACUGUAGAAAGUCAAUCAUCGGCUUGCCAUCAACCUCCAUUGCUUCAGUGUCCACUGUCACCACUACAGUAAUUGAAACCAGUAUUGCAACCACCACAGUAGUGUUUGGAACCAGAAUUGCAACCACCCCAGUAGGGGAACCGAGUGCUGUAACCACCACAGUAGUGGGACCAUGCUCCCCGACCAUCACAGUAGUGGAGCCAUGUUCCCCAAUCACCACAGCAGUGAUUGAAACCAGUACUGCAACCACCACAGUAGUGGAGCCAUGUUCCCUAACCACCGGCUUUGGUGUCCAACCGUCAUCAACUGGGGUGGCGUUCCUAGGAUCUGACGGAGUUUUGCGAUCGCAAGUAUGUCGAGACGUUGUGGUUGUGACAUCUGCAAUGAUUGAGGACGCUAUCAGCACUAUCUACAAGGAAUUAAAAAUCGACAAAAGUAAAAUGUCGUCCGUUAUUAGAAAAAAAGUGAGUCAGAAAGAUGAACGAACCAGCUCAGCUACUAUUGGCUAUUUUGGGCUAAUCUUUUUUAUCCUGCCAUUGGCUUUGAUAAUCAUAUCUGAUGCUCCCAAACUAAUAGAGCAUUUGGCAACACUCAGACACCCCAGACAGUAAGGCACUUAGAAUUGAUGGAGACUAUCAUUUGGGCACAAUAAACAAUUUUGUGACGUUGAUAGUGUCCCAGCAUUCGUUCUCCAAUUCUUCAGCUGAAGCAACAUCGGGGUCGUUGAGUAAAUUCUGUCGAUACUGCUUUCUUAAUAUAAAAUAAAGAUACAUUAUGUAAGAUUGGGAUAAAGAGCUAGCCAAUCUUCUAUAAUAGUUCGAAAAUAGAUAAUGAAUAAUUUGAAAUUUUCAUUCAUAUUACUCUUUUGCGAGCGAAGAUAUUAGCCUUUGAAGGUUUGACAAGACGUGUGCAAUAAUUUCAACCACCGUACUGGAUGUUCGAAGCUAAGUAUCGCUCCUCCAUUUUUAGAUUAAAUCAAAAUAUAGCUGAAGCGUUCUAAUCUAUUUUAUAUCGGAGAAAUCCGAUGCCAUCGAGAGUUGAUUAUGGCCUGGGUCAGUUAAUUAAUGUCUAAUUAAUAAUUUAGAAAACAUUUCAGGCCUAAAGAAAU